AUGAAUUGCGCCACGCCAUUCACCUUUGCAGCUCAUGACGACGACGUGUCUGAAGCUGCCACGACUGGAGCCCGACCCCAAGAGAGGCCGGUAAUCAAGAGGCGGAGGCAUUCGCACUUUAUUCCGCGCAGGAAGUCCAUUGUGAACCAUAUCAUGGACACCGAGGAGGGUAUCCUGUUGAAGGUUGAUUUGUUUCUCUCGGAACUGGAACGCCGGCUUGAUUUCUUGGAAAGCUAUGGGGAUUUCACUGAUUCGAGCAUCUCGAGGGCGUUCUCAACGCUGCAGACAGUCAGGACACAAUGCUCGCAAGUCUCGGAAGAAAUGAUCGGGGCCGGGCGCCGGAGACUGCACGUGAUGGUGGAAACUCUGGAGGCGAGAUAUCAGGGCGCCCUUGCGGCUGCGGGGUCGCUGAACGACAAGGCGAAGGUGGGCAUCGAAUUGCUAGAUGGUAUGCUUAACGAUUUCGAGAACCAUGCACACAAGCUGCGGGACAGGGGCCUGGCCAAUGCGGCGGAUGCGGCAGGGAUCCUGAUGGAUGAGAGCCGUCGUGUUGUCGACGAGGGCAUCGAACGGGCGCGCGAGGUGGUUGACGAGGGCAUUGGGCGAGCCAUGCGCGCCGCGGAGUCGCUCGAGGACCACGUCCAGCGCGCGAUAGCCCAUGCUAGGGAACACGGCCUCAUAUGCUAUGACGACUUGCCGAUGCCGUGGCGCGUCAACCCGCACAUUCUCAGGGGCUAUCGCUUCUCCGAGUCGAAGCUGGGCUGUGUCCAGUCCGCCUUUGGAAUCUCCAACGAGCUUGUCAACAUCUGGUCCCACGCGAUCGGCCUAGUUCUCGUCCUCGCCAUCGCGUUCUAUUUCUACCCGACGAGCCUCAACUUCUCCCUGAGCACCAAAACCGACGUCUUCAUCGCCGCCGUCUUCUUCUUCGCCGCUUGUCAGUGCCUGGUCUGCAGCACCAUCUGGCACACGAUGAACGCCGUUGCCGACCUCAAGUUAAUCUCCACCUUUGCCUGUGUCGAUUACACGGGCAUAUCGUUGCUAAUAGCGGCAUCGAUCAUGACGACCGAAUAUACGGCCUUCUACUGCGAGCCCGUCAGUCGGUGGGUCUACAUCAGUGCAACUGCGAUCCUCGGCCUUGGGGGUGUCAUCCUUCCCUGGCAUCCCCGGUUUAAUGGACAGGACAUGGCCUGGGCGAGGGUUGCAUUCUACGUCGGCUUGGGGGCGACGGGAUUCCUCCCGAUCUUGCAGAUUUCCAUGACCCGCGGGACCGAGUUCGUAUGGGAGUUCUACUCGCCGAUUGCCAAGUCCCUUUUCGUCUACCUUUUCGGGGCCUUCAUCUAUGCCAGCAAGGUGCCGGAGAGAUGGUGCCCAGGCAUGUUCGACUAUUUUGGUGGGAGCCACAACCUCUGGCACAUUGCCGUGCUUGGCGGCAUCCUUUUCCACUACUCCGCCAUGCAGGAGUUCUUUUCCGGUGCCUUCAGACGAGCCGAGGACGGCUGCCCGUUAUACUGA